CCUGUUAAUUUUCUUCUAUUUAUCUAGGACAAUGACCCUAUUAGAUGGUUAAUCAUCAUUGAACUGAAAAAAAAAAAAGCUUCUGUUUAAAGAGACACUUUUAACAACAGAUAACGAAAUGGACUUGUUCCUGUUGCAGUAGGAGCCUAAGUCCAGAAUCCCAUGGUCCCCUGAGUGUCAACUGGAUAGAGCCCUGGAGAUCUUUGGGCACUGGCAGGUACAGCCUUGGAGACAUCCCCAGUAUCCACUGUGUAAUCAGGUGAAGAUUCCUCAUCCAAACACUGAGGAUAAUUGAAGACACACAUAUACUCUCUCUGUAGCUCAAUGAUGGACCAAAAUCAACAUUUAGAUAAGUCAGCAGAGAUCCAAUCUUCAAAGGAAAGAAAAUCUAAGUGCUGCAAUGGAUUCAAGAUGUUUCUGGUAGCUCUGUCCCUGAGCUAUAUUUGCAAGACCCUGGGCGGAGUUGUGAUGAAAAGUUCCAUCAUUCAAAUAGAAAGGAGAUUUGAAAUAUCCUCUUCUGUUGUCGGAUUAAUUGAUGGAAGCUUUGAAAUGGGAAACCUGCUAGUGAUUGUAUUUGUAAGUUACUUUGGAUCCAAGCUACACAGGCCGAAGAUAAUUGGAAUUGGUUGUUUCAUCAUGGGAAUGGGAAGUAUUCUUACUGCUUUACCACAUUUCUUCAUGGGAUAUUACAGGUAUUCCAAAGAUUUCUCUACUAAUACAUCAGGCAAUUUAACAUCAAGUUUAUCGGUCUGUGCCCCUAACCAAAAUGUGUUACUUAAUAGAACCUCAACUCACAUGGUAGGAAAAGGUCAUGAAAAGGAAUCUGGGUCAUAUACGUGGGUAUUUGUUCUACUGGGCAACAUGCUACGUGGAAUUGGGGAAACCCCCAUAGGACCGUUGGGGAUUUCUUACAUUGAUGAUUUUGCUAAAAAAGGACAGUCUUCUUUUUAUUUAGGUAUUUUGAAUGGAGUUUCAAUGAUUGGGCCUAUCAUUGGCUUUUUGAUGGGAUCUCUGUUUUUUAAAAUAUAUGUGGAUGUCGGAUAUGUCGAUCUGAGCACUAUAAGAAUAACUCCUACAGACUCUCGUUGGGUUGGAGCUUGGUGGCUCGGCUUCCUUGUGUCUGGAUUGUUGGCCGUUAUGUCUUCCAUACCAUUCUUUUUCCUGCCCAAAAGUCUGCAUAAGCAUCAAGGAAGAAAAGCUUCACUAUCUUUGCAUCAACUCAAAACAAAUGAGGAAAAGCAUCAAACAGUUGAUUCAAUCAACAGCUCUACCGAAAAUGCUACUGCAAGUCUGGCUGAUUUUUUCCAGUCCUUGAAAAGCCUCCUGACAAAUACUGUCUAUGUUUUACUAUUGUUGUCAGUGUUACUACAAGUGAGCGCUUUUAUUGGUAUUCUUACUUACGUGUUUAAAUACUUAGAACAACAAUAUGGUAAAUCAGCAUCUGAGGCAAACACUGUGCUUGGAAUCAUAAGCUUACCAGCUGUUGCAUCUGGGAUGUUUCUAGGAGGAUACAUCAUUAAAAGAUUCAAAUUUACCUUGAUUGGAAACGCCAAAUUCUCACUUUUUACCAGCACUGUGGCCUUCAUAUUGUACCUAUCAAACUUUGCACUACUCUGUGAAAAAAAAUCUAUUGCUGGUCUCACCUUGACCUAUGAUGGAAAUAAUCCAGUGGCUUCUCAUAUAAAUGUACCACUCUCUUAUUGCAACUCAGACUGCAAUUGUGAUCAGAGUCAGUGGGAACCCAUAUGUGGGAGCAACGGAAUAACGUAUGUCUCACCUUGUCUGGCAGGAUGUAAGUCUUCAAGUGGCCAAGCAAAGUCGACAGUACUUCAUAACUGUAGUUGUAUAGAAGAAGCUGGUUUUAAAAAUGGGAAUAACUCAGCACAUUUGGGAGAAUGUCCAAGAGAUUAUCAGUGUAAAAGAAAAUUUUAUUUGUAUGUAGCAGUCCAAAGUCUCAUCCACUUCUUCUCUUCACUGGGACAUGUCUCAAUUCUCAUGAUGUUUUUUAAAAAUGUUCAGCCUGAAUUGAAGUCCCUGGCAGUGGGUUUCCAAUCACUCAUUAUACGAGUGCUAGGAGGGAUUCCAGCACCCAUAUACUAUGGGAUUCUGAUUGAUAAGUCUUGUUUGAAGUGGUCUAUCAAUCCUCAGGGGAAGCAGGGAUCUUGCAGGAUCUAUAACUCUACACUUUAUGGGUAUUCCUUCCUGGGGUUGACUAUGACCUUAAAAUUCAUAGGACUUGUUUUCUAUUUUCUAUUUAUUUCUGCCAUGAAGAAAAAAUAUAAAGGAGAAGGUGCCAAGGGAUUGGAAAAUGGAAAGGAAGUCACCAAUAAAACAAACUUGGAUUCCUUAGAAAAGGAUGGACAUUUGCUUCCAGCCUACAAAGCAGACCAGGAAACGAAAAUGGGCUGCAGCAAUAACACAGCGGGUAGGGCGUUUGCCUUGCACGAGGCCGACUCGGGUUCGAUUCCCAGGAUCCCGUAUGGUCUUCCAAGCACCGCCAAGAGUGAUUCCUGAGUGAAGAACCAGGAGUAACCCCUGUGCAUCGCCGGGUGUGAUCCAAAAAAGCAAAAAUAAAUAAAAUAAAAUAAAACUACAGUGGCCAAAAGAGAUAGGACAGCAGAUAAGGGCCAGGCCUGAUCCCUGCCACUGCCUAUUGUGGGCCUCCUGAGCACUUCCACAAGUGAUUACUGAGCACAGGAACUAGUUUGGGGGAUAGCUGCAUAUGGCCCAAUGACCAAAACUAAAAUAAAAUAAUAAAAUACUGCUGAAAAACACAAAUAACUGAAAAAUUUCAAGCUAUAACUAUGAAGCUAUAUACGUCAUAUGUAUUUUUUGAUAGACUUGUAAACAUGGAUUAAGAAAAAUUCCUGAGACUAAGUUUUUAAAAUAUGUAACUUUUAUAGAUGUGAACAAUGAUUAAUACGCAAGAUCUGACCAAGAGCUCAUAUUUGCCAGUCAAGAAUUCACAGAAAUUCAAAAUAACAUCAAAAGGAAGGCAGGGAGGUGGUAGAAGAACAAUGUUUUAUCAAGGAAUAUAUACAGAGAGCAACAGACAGACCACAUGUUCAUCACUGAUAAUCAGGGAGCAGCUAUCAAAAUAACAAGGAGCUCUCACCUCUCCCUUAUGAGAAUGGUCUGAAUCAAAACAGGUAAAGCAAUCAGUGUCCCCCAGGAUGUGGAGAAAAAAUAAACCUUCAUUCACUCUUGGUGAGUGAUAAUGUAAAUUUGUCCAGCCCCUAUGGAAAACAGUAGAGAAAUUUCUCAAAAAAAUUAAAAAUAGGACUACCAUAUGAUCCCACAAUGCUGCUCGUGGGUAACUAUCCAAAGAACACAAAACCACUCAUUUAAAAAGAUAGAAUUUGUUCAGGUGUUAUUUGUAAAAGCCAAGACUUGGAAAAACCCCAAGUGCUUGGUCACAGGAGUGGAUGGAGAGUUUAUGAUAUAAACACAUAAUGAAAUACUAUUGAGCUCCUAGAAAAGAUAAAACCAUGCCAUUGGCUACAACAUGGGGAAAACUGGAGGGGCUCAUGCUAGGUGAAAUAAGUCAGAAGGAGAAAGACAAAUACGAUCUCACUGACAUGUGGUAAAUAAAUCAAGGAAAGAGAUAGUAUCCGAUGAAAACAGAUUUCGAACUGUGAUCACAGAACUGAGGUGACCAAGCUCUGUGGGAGGCCACUAGUGGACAGGUCAGGCCCUAGGGUGAGUGGUGGAGAGAUAUCGGCACUUUGUCAUGGACAUGGUCUAGUAAUAAAACCAUGUGCAUUCUUGUAAAUAUAAAAAUGUGCGUACUUGUAAAACAACGUUACCUCAAUUAAAAAUUUAAUUGAAAAUCAAAUAAAAGACACCUCU